AUGAAUGAAUUGCAUCUUUCAGACGCGUUACUGGCAGACCUGGAAUCUACUACAUCCCACAUCUCAAAGCGACCUGUAUUCUUGCCCGACGAGACGCCCUACUCCAUCCCUACAGGAGGACAGCCCUACCAAGAUGUUACACUUCCACCUCCGGUCCCUCCUCCACCUUCAGCUGAAGCUCUGAAUGGGUCCCUGAGAGAUCAGCCAGAUUCCCACCACUCCUCUCAGCAGUCACUGGGUUCGGCACAGAAGAGCUCAUGGUCAAGGGACAGUAGCAGUUCUCCAUUAUCUCACAUUGAAGAGGACCACGUCUACAGUUUCCCAAACAAGCAGAAGACAUCAGACUCCUCUACAACAGCCAUGACUUCUGCGUUGGGCAGUAAUCUGUCAGAGCUUGACAGGCUUCUGCUGGAACUUAACGCUGUGCAACAGAGCUCCCCUUCAUUUCCCACUACAGAGGAGGCAGCUCCUCCCUUGCCAUCCUGCAGCAUCACUCACUACGAGAACGGCGGCACACCUGACAUCUUGGUAAGCCCACCACCUCAGGAGAAACCAAAGAGGAAUGGGAGGAUGGAGGACGCCCGACCUACUGUGGAAAGUCUGCUGGAUGAGCUGGAAGGCUCGGUGCCUUCACCCAGCCCCUCCACUCACCACAGUGACUUGGACACAUCCUCUCAACAGCAGGCCAGAAUUUCAGCUUCCUGUGCCACCAGAGAGCUCGAUGAGUUGAUGGCCUCUUUGUCUGACUUCAAGAUUAUGGCCCAAGGGAAGGGUGGUGUCUCCGGUGGACCCCCGACACAGGUCAACAAGCUGGACAACAUGCUUGGCAGCCUGCAGUCUGACCUCAACAAACUGGGCGUGCAGACAGUAGCUAAAGGAGUUUGCGGAGCCUGCUGUAAGCCGAUUGUGGGACAGGUGGUGACCGCCAUGGGCCGCACAUGGCACCCCGAACACUUUGUGUGCACACACUGUCAAGAGGAAAUCGGCUCCAGGAACUUUUUUGAACGUGAAGGACAGCCCUACUGUGAGAAGGAUUACCACAAUCUGUUCUCUCCGCGGUGCUACUACUGCAACGGGCCCAUACUGGAUAAAGUUGUGACGGCGCUGGAUAGGACAUGGCAUCCCGAACACUUCUUCUGCGCUCAGUGUGGCUCUUUCUUUGGCCCUGAGGGUUUUCAUGAAAAGGACGGAAAGGCAUACUGCAGGAAAGAUUACUUUGACAUGUUUGCACCGAAAUGUGGCGGCUGUGCCAGAGCCAUUCUGGAAAAUUACAUCUCAGCUCUGAACUGUCUUUGGCAUCCCGAGUGUUUUGUUUGCAGGGAGUGCUUCACCCCGUUUGUGAAUGGAAGCUUUUUUGAGCACGACGGCCAACCCUACUGUGAAGUGCACUACCACGAGCGCCGCGGCUCCCUCUGCUCCGGCUGCCAGAAGCCCAUCACGGGGCGCUGCAUCACAGCCAUGUCCAAGAAGUUUCACCCAGAGCAUUUUGUCUGUGCCUUCUGCCUGAAACAGCUCAACAAAGGCACCUUUAAAGAGCAAAACGACAAACCCUACUGCCACGGCUGCUUCAUCAAGCUGUUCAGUUAGAGAGUUAGGGGGAACGUUUAACACUGGCACACUUGGGUCAGGGCUAAAAUGAGAGUCUGAAGCAUUUCUAGCACAGGGAGAGUGAGAACGGGUUUAGUUUGUAUCACAGGAAGCUGUCUCUGGAUGAUGGCGUUGGAAGUGUGUAUGGGCUAAGUAUGUGCAUGUGGUUGAAGCGGUGUGCUGCUUCGGCCAGACUAAAUGUUUUUCAUGUCAUUCAGAAUUUUUUUUUUUUUUUUAGAUUGGCAGCAGUUUAUUUGUGAAGCUUUUUAUGUGUUGUGAGCGGGUGACUAUAUCGGAUGAAGGUAUAUUCAGUCUUUAAAGGAAAAUCUUUUUUUCCCCCCCUCCAAAUCAGCAACUUUUCUCCCAGUCUACUUAGAUGUGCUGAAACAAACAGCUGUCUCUGUUUUGUUUGUUUGUUUGUUUUGAGUGUGUAUGUGUGUAACCCUCAAAUCAUUUUAUUUUUUAUCUUUUUAGAAGGUGAUAAAUUGUUACUAAGCACACUGAAACUCUGAUCUAUGAAACGCUCGGUGUGUGGUAAAGUUACUCACUGGUUGAGUGCGUCAUUUUAGAAAUCAAAACAAUGAACAUAUGGCAGGGAACAGGUGACCUGUUGUUUUUACACAAUAUAAACUUUUUUUUAACAAAUGAUCAGGAUGAAAGGCCUUUUACGUUCUCUCUUCCCUAGUAUAAAGUCAGAUAAGGCACAUCUUUAUAUAACUGAUAAAGUUGUGUUUUAUGGUGAAAUGCAUCUUUAGUGUCCCUUGACCAGAAACCCCUUUCUAGUAUGUCAUAUUUUAAUUAAAGGUGCAUACUGUGUUACAAAGCAGUCAAGGGCAAACUGAGCAUGGAUUAAUAUUUGACUCAACAGUCACUGCGGUGUUCACUCUUCAUUACACGUGCUGCCAAAUCAUUCCUUUUGGUUCCUCUGAAUUAAAGCGAGUCUAAAAGCAGUUUGUUGGAUUUGCCUCAUACAGUAAAGUGAAACUGCACAGAGAUAUUGGGAGUACAGUGUUUUUGUGCUACACUACCCUUACUGUUUCUGAGUACAUCCUGAGAAUUUUUUGUUGUUGUUUUUUGUACAUAUCCAAUGCAGCUACAUUGUAAGCAUGCACAUGUGUUUAAUAACCACUCGUUAAAAGAAGGAAAGGGCUGCUGGGAAGGUAUAGCGGAGAUAUUUGGAUGUCUUUGCUGAUAUUACUGUAUCGAGAAGCUGAUGAAUGUUUGUUUUUGAGAGAAUGCAAACCGUACACACAAUUUGCCUGUGAUAUUCCGAUAACUAUGCAACUGUGGAUUAACAGCUUUGUAUUUCAGCAUCAGCAUCUAUUUCUUAGGCUGUCUGUGCCAUUGUAUCAUGUCUAAUAACACUGGCAAAUUCAGCAGAAAAUACUGAGAGCAGGUCAAGAGUCCGCUGUUCUGUUUUCAUGUUAUUAGUCUGUGAGUUUGUAAAAAUGAGAGCCUGGUGGUCUGCUAGAAUAACUCGUAGGACUAGGAUGACUCGUCUCCCUCAGCGUCUGAGUAGCAUCUACUGUAUGACCACCAGGUUGGGGUUCUGUACAUGGUUAUUCAUACACAGCAGACAGAUUUGGCCUUUUGUCUUGUUCAGGGAAUUCUAGAGCCUUAAUUCUUUUUUUUUCUUUUCUUUUUUUUCUCACUGUAUUUAAGAUAUCCUGUAACAGUCGUCUUUUCAAAAUGACUUUCGUAGAGGUUAUUUAACCAAAGCCAUACCUUCUUUCAGUUUUUCUUGUCUGUUCACUUUGUUUUUUCUUUUCACUUUGAAUGUCAAUAGAUACAAAUAGUGAGAUUCCUCUGUUCUAGCCUGAUUAUGCCAAUAAAUUCAGUUUUGGUAUCAAAA